AUGGGCCAAGCUCAUUAUUACUGUCAUCAUCGCUGGUCCAAUGGACCACCUGCCGAUACACCGAAAUCGGAGGAAGAGGCUCUUGCUCGCAUUGAUGAGCUCUACAGCUCCGGCGCACCAUGGUUCAGUAAAGAGACUAUCCGCUCUGCUUUAGAGCAAAUACAGCGUCAACCGGCCCAUGGUGACAAAAUUUUUGUCAAAGCCAUAGACGGCGCAAUGGUUGAGUAUGAUACCAAGUGCGGCGAUAUCAAGACUAUGCGCGAGCCAGAUGGACCCGAUACAGAGUGGGUACUCCAGGGACUCGCUAUCUCAUACCAGUGCCGAGCAAAUAUGCGGCACCGCAUCUUCUGGGGAGGCUUCGACGAACAAGUUCCAAAUCUCAACAGCGUAUACAUCGUGCAUUCGUGUCUGAUCCGCAGAAAAGAUAACCAUCAGCCCACUGACAACAUCACCCGUCUACCGCUGGAGGUAGCCCGUGCCGAUUUCGAAAAGCACCAACAAGCCUGGAUCGAAACGGAGAUGUGCAGGACCCUCACCAAGUUCCUGGAUUCCUCCGCAGCACACCUGGAGAUCAACAAGAUCGUAGCCGUGUCUCUGGGAUGCCUCUCCUAUCAACGGGACCAGGACCAAGAUAGACCCGGUCGUCAAUCGUAUCAGCAUGCGCUUGUUCUCACACUACGUGAUUGGCUGAGAAAGAAGAACGGCAUGACCAAGGUGCCCUGCUACGUUCAGGAUCCGGAGUACGUAGAUGUGGAUCGGGCUCUUCUUGCAGAACAUGAAGUUGAGGUGAUUGAGGAUCCGAUGGCGUGGUUAGAGAUGGAUGAUUUCUCAAUCGUGGUGUCUAUUGCGUCAAAUGUACCGACUAAAGAAAUUAUUACUGAUGUUGCGAGACCGGCCGUGGUCAUUUGGAAUAAGGUCGGUGAUAAUGACUAUGAUAAGAAAGGGGAGGGUUCUUUGACAGACCCGUGUUCUGCUCGGGUGCGGGCGUUGAUGGAAGGAUAUGAUUGUUUUGACUGGGGGGCGAGCGAUGAGUAUUUUGGGGAUGUUUGGAUGUAUGUUCGGCGACCGAAGACGUUAUGUCAGGAGUGA